GACGUCGAUAGUGUUCAUAAUGAACUUGUCUUAUAGAAAAAUGAUUAUCAGUCUGUAUAAAAAAUAUAUGAAUAAGAGGGUUGUCAAUGUAGUGUUAACUAUAUUUUUGGUAAACUUGUUUGUUGUGUUUAGUGUUAACAAGAGUGCAGAGAGGCGAACAGCAGGUGUAUCAGUAAACACUGAAGCGAAUCACAGCUGCCGCUCCCUCUUCACUAUCACUGAUGUCCCUCACCUCAACAUACUAGCCGCUGCUCGCUUGCCUCAAUAUUCUUCAAUAAACUUUACCAAUGAAUGGAGUUUACCAAACCACACAUGGGCCUCUCCGCACUACAAUAGCACUCACAACCACUUCAACAUGUCUGAAGCAAUCAGAAGGGUAGAACACCUUCUUUACAAGAGGACAUCAUCGUCUGGAGCUUCAACAGAGGAUUACCGUCGUCUUGCAGAGCUGCUUCCUACACUCUUAUUCUUCCAAGACAACAACAACCCGAGGCAGGAAAUUCCAGCAGUCUCUGUUCGCUUCUUCAGCAGAAUUGGUGCCAUGGGUGGAGUGCUGCCUUAUAUUCCUUGUCGUAUAGCUCCCUUUGAUGACCCAGUUAUCGUCACUACCUGCUUUAAGGAGAGACUAACCAGAGAUUCUCUCUGGAUUGCUUUCAUUGGUGAUUCCAAAGUCAGAGGACUAUUUUAUGAAUUUCUCCAGCGAACUGACAGCGAAUAUCACUAUAUCAUCAGCUUUAUGAAAACAACAGAACCCUUUGCGGAAAUGAGAAAAAGGUACGUCAGACUACACGUUGACAUGGAGGCCACGACCGCCCACCCGGGGCUGCGCAUUACCUUCAGUUUCAGAAUAUUUGUAGAGAUGGUCCCAUCGAAGGUGAACACAAGCAGAGAGAUACAAGAACUAGGCAGGUGGGCCAGGGGAGAGGAGACCCCACCUCAUCUCCUCCUCCUAGGUUACACAUCAUGGAUGAUGCAGAGGAUGCUGGAGUUGUACCCUCACGAUGUUUACAGCUUAAUCAUGGAGAUGCACCAGAAGGUAGCAGCCCUCCUCCAGCAGAUUUCUGUGAAGACAAGAGUGUUGGUGACUUCCCAGACAAGGUACAGACCCCACGGGGUUACCGGUCGUCUCCAGAACCUCAGGAUUGCCUUCGGGGAUGCCUCCACGGAGUGGAGCGAGAUGUUUCUACUGUAUUACCUGCAGCAGAACAGGGAGCAGCAGCAAGCGUCCUCCCGCGCCUCCCUGGCUCACUCAACACUCGUCACACUGCCACAAGAAGACCCAGAAGGCGACAGUUCAACACCCAGCAACAUGAGACCACAAGCUCAGACCAGCCUGGAUUACCUGUUACCUAGCCAGACCGGGGGGGGAGUGUGGUGGUGGGAUACAAUUUUGCCACUCAACAUAGCCGAUAUCAGCGAGUGUGAGGAACUCUAUGAUCGUGGACUGAUGUCAGCCCCCAUAUAUGGGGACAAGAAAUUGAAUUGCUUUGACCCCCAUCACUCGGGUACACUCACUAUGGCAGACAUGGUUACCAUGCUGCUCAAUCUCAUGUGUACCUCUCUCACACAAACAGAUACCAACCUCUGCUGCUCUUGAGGUUUAAGUAAACAAUGUAAACAAGAGCCAGACCUGAAGACUACAUCCAAGAACUACACCAAAAUAAGUGUAAAGUAGUUUUAUUAAUUACACUCAUCGUAAAAAACACGAAAAGUUAUUUUUAAUUCAUUCAGGAAGUAGGUAAACUUAAGUAUUAAACAUAAAAGAUGGUGAGGGACUAGGCAUGCUCAUUUAUACAUGCCGGCACUUACCUUGAUCAGAGAAACAGGUGGUGCGUCACAGAUUCCCAAGCUUUAGUAAAUACAAAUAACUUGCUGAUAACUAUGCCUUCCUCUCACUGGUUUAAAAAACGAGAUUAAAGAACUCAGCGAGGAAACCAAGGCUCCCAAAGCAGUUUUUUUUUUUUUUUUUGUUCUAGUACCUCAGUGUUGCAAUGAAGCAAAGUGUGAUGUAUCGUAGACACAGUCCCUAGCACGGAGGAUCUGCAUAAAUUAUUUAAAAUAUAAAUUCAGAAACAGCUUUGGACAUGUUAUUUAAUGUAUCCAUUAACUUAGUGAUACCCAAGAAUAAAGUAUCUCCUAAAAUAAGGUGUAGUUGAAGAUCAUUAUUGUUAAAGCAUUCAUGGAGCAGUUCUAAGCAUUCAGGUUUGAACCAUGGAAGCGGAGGGCAGGUCCAAUUCCUUGGAUAAGGAGGAACUCGCCAUCAUCGAAGAACAUCCAUUGACCGUAUGGUCGAGUUGAAGAAAACAAUCGACAUUUCGUUCUCUCUCUUCUGCACUCUGAAGGACAGGGUGAGGAUGUCGUAGCAAACUUCUGGCAAGACAGCGACUGAAUGAAUGAUAGUGAAUGUGUUAUCUUCUUUGGGUCGCCCUGCUUUGAUGUGAGGCCGUUGAGGCAGCAUGGUGUGUGUGUGUGUGUGUGUGUGUGUGUUUGCACUCGCCUAUGUGGUUCCAGGGGUCGAUUCACAGCUCGUGUGUACACACACACACACACACACACACACACACGUGCUUGUGCCUCGCAGAGACGACCAAAAUAUUGACAUACGUAUCUCACUCAGCGUGCGAAUUCUAGCCUAUAUUAACUUCCUGUCCAGAAGAAUCAACACAGUGCUUUAGUCCACUCGGCUACCGAUGCCACAUAACCUAGGCCAAGAGCAGACGCGAUUGGUCGGUUCCCAAAAGGCAUGCACACAAUAACCUAUGUAGACUAAUAAAAAAUCCAGAAUUAGUAGAUUUUUUAUUAUCUCAGUAAUUUGUUUUGUACGGAAUGCUAAUUUCAACAAGAGCUUCGAUAUUUUUGUAAUCAGAGAAAAAACACUAAACCCGUAUAACACAGAGGUUUCAAUAUAAUUCUGGCAGAGCAAAUGAUAAAAAAAAUAUAAUAUAUUAUCUAAUACGGUUAACAUUAGCUGAAUCUCACUUACAAAAGUUGUGAACAUCUAAUCUAAUCAUGAGUAGGAAAUAAUUGUCCGGAUUGAAAAUCAGAAUCAUACAUAAGAACC